AAAUGUUGACACCUAGUGGCCAUUGUUGGUAAAACAAGUGUGACUAUGCGUUCACAUGAGACACGGUAGAGGUGUCAAAAAACGCGCUAUUUGCUUGUAGUUGGACGCUUGAACAUUUCGAGUUUACUCACUUUAUUCGUGCGUGAAAGCCACGCAUGAUAUUUUACUGUGGGCUCACACCAAACCCGAGUUCAACCAUUUGCGCAAGUAGAUUACAUACAAAUUCAAUGCAAAGACGCGAUCAGACACGUCCUUGCGUGGGGCGAUGCGAAUGACGCAAUAUGGGUGCCGCGUUUGCCGCGAAAACAUGCGCUAAUAGUCUCAAAUUCAUCUUCUCUAGGGAUGGGCAUUUUCCAGUAAUUUAAUAUUCGAAUAUUUAAGCUCAUAAAGAACGAAUAUUCGAAUAUUCGUUUAUUUAAAUUACGUUAAUUAAGACAUAUGUGUUUUGUAUUUUUCAUUUUGUCACAAUUUCACAGUGGGCUUAUAAUUAGGAAAUAUCCACAACAAGCUAAGCUUAUAUUCUGUAUAUAUGUAUGUAUGUAUUUUUAAGUUGAAAACAUUGUAAAAAAUAUAUUUUUAUAAUUCUUCUUAAAAAAUAGCCUACAGAAAAAUGGUGUUAAAACCCGCACGGAGCGAAGUCUGAGUCAAAUAGUUUCAAGUCGGUCGUUAGUACGAAUUCAGUACUGUUUGAUCUUACAGAAAUUAUAUUAUACCAAAUAUAAUACCCAAACCCAAGUGAAGUUUAAAGUUUGAGGACUUGGAAAAAGUACGCUAUCAUCAAGUAAACAGACUCAAAACACCAAAGAAGAACCCGGAGCGAACGAAAAUACUUAGACUACAUAACAGACGGCUCGGUCGGCAUAUGAAUGUCUUCUCUGUUUAGUUUGACAUGUUUUUGUGAAGAAAGACAACCACAUCUAGUCUACCUGCUCCGGUGAAAGCCUGUUCUUCUGAAUACAAUAAUGCCGGGCUGCGGAGAAAACUGUGCUCCGCGGUGGUUAUCCGGUAAAAACAACAGACAGAUCUAACAAGAAUAUCUGAAUUUAACAUUAUUUUACAAAUAACGUAAGCUGGCUUAAUACCUUAGUGGUGACUGUGCAAAGUUACAAGCUUAAUUUAACAACACAAAGACGGGCUAUUACUGUUUGAGAAGCACGUCUAAAUAACACGCGAGCCGGUGGCCAAAAACAGACAACCCGGAGUUAAAACUAAAUACUUAAAUUCGUCUGCAAACAAACAAUCAGAAAUACAUGUAUAUUUUACAUUAAAAUCUGUAAAAGACAGUAUAGAUGAAGUAAAAAAGCAUUAAAUAAGUCGUAACCCUUUGGUGGCACAUUAAAAACAAACAUUCGAAUAGCAUUUUUUUUAUAUUCGAAUUAUUAUUGCAGAUCGAAUAGUCGAAUAUUCGUGGCCAUCCCUAGUCUUCUCCCAAGUUGAAAAUAUUCAACUCGAGCGAAAAAUUCACAUGACAUGAAGUUAAAUCCCGCGAGUAAUCUAGAGCGAGUAACGUGAUGCCCAGCAUUUGGUGUGUACGUAGAAUUAGUCAUUCGAGACAUUCACACGGAAAUUCGCAUCAUGAGAGGGGCUUCUGCGACUCUGCUCGCUUCCUGUAAUCACGUCACUAUAGAGCAAACUCUUGAUUGGUUAACGUGGUGCGAAUAUCCGUGCCACGCCAUUCGUGUGUACAGCAGGAUGCCUAUUCAUGUCUUUGAAUUGACUUAAGAUGUAAAUCAAUCACGCUUACCGCCUCUUCCGCGUCUGGUGUGAACGCACAGUGACAGAAUUUUUUUUGUGAUUUUACCUUGAAAUUUGGUCAAUCACAUUUGAAAUCACAACUAGUUUAGACUUAUGUCUUUAAUUUGUUAGCAUUCCUGGCGUGAAACAUUUAAUUUUUAUAAUUUUAUGCAUACAAUAUAUAGUUUUUUGCAUUUGUUUGUGUUUAUUAAAGUAAAUGUAAAGUGCCAUAAAAAAUGUUAUUUAACAUUUCACAUCCAGACACUAACAGGUAAAGGGGUUAACUAGGCCUAGUCCUAGUGAAACCAGGCCCAAGACUAAAGUCCAUUCUUUCCACUGGGGGGCGACAUUGUACAGCCAUUACAGUCACAGUACAACAAAACCUUUACAAAGAUAUCAACUGUGUCAAGUUGAUCAAAUAUCAAUGCUACUUCCACCAACAGCACCCUUGCUUUAAAUAUAUAUAUAUUAUUAUUUCAAGAAAACACUUUUUAGCCCUAACAGCAAAUGCAUUGCAAUUUAGCACAUUACAUCAUAUUUAAACCCUACACGGCAUUAAACUAAACUUGCAUGCUUCAGUUCAUUUGUUGUACUUUACUCUGUUUAUGUCUCUUCUAUUUUCAUCUAAGGUGUCGCCUCUGGUACCGGACAGGCCCACAUUUGAUCCAAAAUAGCAGUGCUAAUAUAUGAAUUUGUUUGAAGAGCAGAUUGUGUACAGGUCUGUGGUAUAUAAAUAUAUACACAGGGUCUUUUACCCAAGCAGCUCACAGGUACAUUUUCUUUUCCCAGGUACUAAUGUGGUUAAAAUCUAGCUUUCUUUCCAAACAACGUUUUAUGAAGAAACCAAGCCACAUGGAAAGUGACGGUGGUCUUUAAGAGAUAUUUUACAGUUUAAGACCGAAUGGAUGGGUGACAACAUCUGGCCUAAACUGAUGGAAAGAAUACAGAUAUUUUUUUACUCUAACACUAUACGGAUAUUGCACAGACAUCAUGUUAAUGUAAAGUCAAUUGACUCUUCUAAAUAACUCAAUGCAUGACAGGAGUGAAAAUAAAGACUUCUUCGUGCGUGUUAUUUGUGGAAGUCUAUGGAACGGCACUGGGAUUGGAGGCAUGGGGCCACUUGGCUGUCCUUUGAAGAUGGUUUCGAACUCCUCCCUCACUCCGAUGCCCGUCUCUCAUUCUGCUGGAGGAAGAUUGUACGUCACUGUGGGUGCACAUAUAAAAUUGUCUUUGGCUGCAUCCAGCCGUCUGUACACUGAUGUCGCAGCGCUGCACUGUAAUUUGUGUUGGUGAUGAGAGCGUUUCAGGCUCAUUUUAAGUUUGCAAAACUCCUCGUGAAGACUGACUAACUCUGUCGAGAUCCAGAAGUCGUACUGUUGGAUUUGGCUUGGCGUGCUGUUACCAUGAAGACAUGGAGGUGUGGAUUACUGAUGGUUUGUGUUUUAAUGCUGCACAUCCAGGGAUUCCAGCAAGAGGAAAAUCAAGCCGGUUGUAGCACAACUCCAAAUGACCUUGCGUACAUCAUCGAUGGCUCCUCGAGCUUGGGGGUCCCCAAUUUUGAAACAGCCAAACAUUGGCUCAUCAACAUCACCAGCGGCUUUGACGUGAGCAGCAUGCACACUCAGGUGGCGGUUGUCCAGUACAGCGAUACGCCUCGUCUGGAGAUUCCUCUGGGAAAGCAUCAGAACAACCAGGAACUCAUCCAGGCCAUCUCCUCCAUCUCGUACCUGGGGGGCAACACGCGGACGGGCCGCGCCAUCAGAUUCGCCACGGACCACGUCUUCGGGAUGCCUAAUCACACUUCCCCGUUUGCCAGAAACCGCAUUGCCGUGGUUCUCACAGAUGGGCGUUCACAGGACGAUGUCGAGGAUGCUGCCAUGGAGGCCAGAGCUCAGAACAUCGUUUUGUUCGCAGUCGGCGUGGGAAAUGAGAUCACCAACACUGAGCUGGUGUCCAUGGCUAACAAGCCGUCCUCUACCUAUGUGCUGCACGUGGAGGACUACAACUCCAUCUCAAGCAUAUGGGACCUGAUGGAGCAGAAAAUCUGCGAGGAGUCGGUGUGUUCGAGUCGAAUCUCUGGGACGGUGAAUGAUCAGAGGGGUUUUGAUCUGAUGAAUCUGAUGAAUAUUGAGCCGAUGUCACAGACGGUUCAGGGUUCUCUGAUAUCAGAGAAAGCGUCAAUGCUCAGCACACGUUUGGACAUCACAUACGACACCAGAAAGAUAUUUCCAAAAGGCCUCCCACCGGCCUAUGUGUUUGUAGCCACAUUGCGCUUGAAGAGCCCAGCUCACCGGCUGAAGUUUGAUCUCGUGAGGGUGUUGUCUCAGGACGGAGUCAAACAGAUGGCUGUGACUGUGAAUGGAGCGGACAAAUCAGUCACCUUUACCUGCACCAGCACCCUAAACAAAGAGCAGACUGCUGUAUUUAAUGACCGAGGAAUAAAGAGGCUCUUUGACACAAAUUGGCAUCAGCUGAAGUUCCUGGUAAGACCCAGACGCAUCACGUGCUUCAUCGACGGCGCGUAUGUAGAGGAACAGCUGCUGGAUACGGUGGUGCCCAUCUAUAUUAAUGGGAAGACUCAGGUGGCCAAGAAAGUCAAUAUAGAGACAACAGUCCCUAUUGUCCUUCAGAAGUUGAGAGUUUACUGUGACCCAAUGCAAAGUGAACGGGAGACAGCAUGUGAAAUAUUUUCUGUGGAUGAUGACAGGUGUCCUUUGGAUCGCUCUCUCUCUGUAGAUGGAUGUGAUUGUCCUGGUGGGAAACCAGGCUUGCCCGGAUUACCAGGACCUAUGGGAUUCAGAGGAGAGAAAGGCAGAGAAGGACCACCUGGUCCUGACGGUAAACCUGGUAAGCCAGGGGAGAAGGGGGCAUCUGGACAGCCUGGUCAAGAUGGACAAAAAGGUGAAGCCGGAGAACCAGGACAAAAGGGGGAAAGGGGGCUGGAUGGAGCCAGAGGAGAAAUGGGGCCACCAGGUCCACCGGGGCCAAUGGGUCCAUCAGAGCCCACAGGCUCUGGAUUUUCCAAGUUGAAUUUAGGUGACUAUGGAAUGCAUGAAAUCAAGGGAAUUGCAGGAGAGCAGGGGGAAAUGGGACCAAGCGGAAAACCUGGACCAAUUGGUGAACCUGGUCUACCUGGUCUACCUGGGCUUGCUGGUCCUAAGGGAGAGAAAGGAGAUGAAGGAGCUGCGGGUUCUGACGGAGAACCAGGAAUCCCUGGUAUACAGGGACUUCCUGGAGAGGUGGGCCCUGUUGGACCUCAGGGCGAGCGAGGUACACCAGGACCGGCGGGUUUUACCGGACCAAUGGGACAGCAGGGACCGCCAGGCCCAGCUGGCCCGCCGGGUAGAGAAGGCCCUGCUGGUCCAAAGGGAAAUUCUGGGUUACGUGGACACGAUGGCCUUUCUGGACUGCCGGGUGCUAAAGGUUUAGACGGAGAGCCAGGCAUUCAAGGUCCACCUGGCAUUAGAGGUCUACCAGGCUUUAAAGGUCAUAAGGGUGAUGAAGGCUCAAUCGGACCAAAGGGAAGUCAGGGCGAGAGGGGCAGCCAAGGACAACCUGGAGCUCCUGGACAAAAUGGUGAGCCGGGGUCCAAAGGAAACAAAGGAGAGCCUGGUGUAUCAGGGGAUCCCGGGAGCAGAGGGGCGAAUGGGAUAAAGGGUGACAUGGGUCCAUCAGGGCCACCUGGAUCUCGUGGGUCUUCUGGUCUUGAUGGCUUACCAGGGCAACCAGGAAUUCCAGGUUAUCCAGGGAAACCUGGCAAGCCACCUUCAGAGGAACAGCUAAUGAAGAUCUGUGCAUCUGUGCUGCAAAAUCAGCUGCCACAGCUCCUUCAGGUGAUGGGACAGCAAAGUUGCCAACAGUGUGAAACCAGAAAAGGACCACCAGGUGAUCCAGGUUCUCCUGGUUUAAAGGGCCCACCUGGAUCACCAGGGGACCCUGGCACGGCAGGAGCUCCAGGCUACCCGGGUCCACCAGGGAGGAGGGGACCAGAAGGGGUUAAAGGUGAUAUUGGGCCGAUGGGUAUGAAAGGUGCCAAAGGACACGGUGAAGUUGGGUUGCCAGGUCCACCUGGUCCAGCAGGUUUGCAGGGCCCACGUGGAAAUGAUGGUGAGGGAUAUCCUGGUCCUUCUGGUCCGCCAGGCAAACCUGGCACACCAGGCAUUCCAGGCAAACGUGGGUCUCCAGGAUCAAUGGGUGUUUGUGACCCCUCGUCUUGUUAUCAAUCCUAUGGUCUUCAGGACGAUCCUUAUAGGAAAGGACCUAACUUUUAACAGCAGGACAGUGAGAUCUAAAGGCCAAUUCACACUGGUCCAACUCCAACAAACCCCAACAUUUUAAAGUCUCAUUUACUUUGAUCCAACAACUGCCAACAGGGGUUUCAAACUGACCCAACAGAUUAACAGAUGCGUCUUUUGGCGUUAAAUUAUGCGAUCGCAUAAUCACGUUUUUCUGGAGGGACUGAUCCGUGUGAAUUGACCUUUACUGAUUGUUGUCAGCAUUGACCUCAAGAACUGUAAACCUCUAAAGAUCAUUGACUUUAAAUAUGUGAUGUGUGUGUUUUCUGUCAGAAUCUUGUACUGCGUGUGAUGCAGUUCCUGUUUUUUUUAUUUUGAUGAUUAAUUAUGUUUACACUAAAGCGUUGGGUUAAUAAGGGACAAACCCAAUUUUUUUUUUUUGACCCAUAACCCAACAUUAAUAUGCUGAAACAACCCAUGCUGGGUUCAAAACGACCAAUUUUCAUUAAAAAAUUUUAGUGAAUACCUUUAAAAUGUUUAUACUGUAUCCACUGCACUGCCCUAGCCAAGCUACCUCUGUACGGGAUGUGAAGCAAUUUUUGUUGGCUAUACUACGACACCAGUACAUUCACUUCUGCUCAGUGGCUUUUCUUGAUUUACGUAAAAUGUUUGUUUCGCUAAAAAUGUUUUUAUUUAAUUAUACUUUUAAUCAGUGGCAGCCGGUGACUCCUUUUUCGAGGGCGCACGAUGCGAAGAUCGUCACAACAUGUAUGUAGCCCGUUAAGUGUCUGCUGCAGACGCGUUGAAGGAGUUUAUGAAUAAAGUUACAUGUACGCUCGCGUUUGCCAGAUACUCGCUUACUGUAAUCUCAUGUGUAAUCAAAGUUGACUGUUAAAUGAGUGUUUUGCGAGUAUUUUGUGAACGUGAGCGUCUCUUUUAUCAUAAACCUUUUGGGAAUGUGUGCAACAGGCACUUAUUUGGACAUUGCACGCCCCAACAGGGGCGUCAGUUUGUGUUGGAAAGUGGUGGGGACAAAAGAUCAGAUGAAAAAACAUUACAGCAGGAUGGGAAAAAUAAUGAAUAACGGUGCAUCAAAAAUGGGCAUAGUGUAGGCCAGUCAACAACACGAAAAUACUCUGCAUAAAACCCUCAACAAUGUUGACUGCACAUGUAAUGCAGGGUUCGCGGUAGACGCGGCAAGCGCGAGUGAUUUACAUGUUAAAACAAUGCAAAGACGCGAUUAGGCAUUGUGUGGCGCGGUACACGCGGUAAGCACACGUGGUAAUGGCGAAUUGAGCGAUGCCGCGGGAAACACGCAAGUUUAAAAAACCUGAACUUCCGCGGAAUUCCGCGCUGCGUUAACCAAUCAGGACCUUGCUGAAGUAGUGACGUGAUUACAGGAAGCGAGCGGAGUGGCGGAGUCGCAGAAGACCCUCCCUCACGCGCGAAUGAAGCGAGUGAACUCAAAUGUUCAAGCAUCCAACUAGGCGCGAAUAGCGCGUUUUUGCCGCCUCUACCGCAGCUGGUGGGAAUGUACCAUAAUGCUGCGUUUACACCAACCGCAUUUGAAGCGUCAAAAUCGCGUCUACUGCGCCUAGUUUGCCUCUUGAACAGUUUGAAUGCAUUCGGGCGUCUAGAGCGAAGUAGACGUGCGGAAAAAGCAAGCAUUUGUCGCGUGUCAGAGGCAAAAUCCGCUUCUUGUGGGAGGGGCAAGUGCUAUGCGGUUGUCUGUUUGCAAGAUGGCUGAUGUUGAUUGUGCAUUUAUCGAGAGUUACCGGUUUGUAUUUGGUCACCUUACUAUAGGGGGAAAAUAAACGGCGUGGGUCAAUAAACGUCACGUGACUCAAAAGUGAAAUGUGUACAAGCGAGGACCUUUUUAUUCCUGUCUCUAUAGAAAUAAGAACUUGUGUCGUAUAGCUCCGGGUGACUGCUCACGAACGAUAUCAAGCGUUCCUUCAUGUUGAAUGAGUGACUCUGGGUGGGGCUGCCGCCACAGCAGCAAGCAGGCUCCUGAUUGGUUAACGCGGCGCGAAAAUCCGCCAAAGUUAAAAAAAUUCAUCUCGGGCGUCAGCCGUAAAUUCGCGUCAAACGCAAAAUGCACAAAAAGCACCAUUUCCGCGUACCGCGCUAGACCCUCAAUUCGCGCCAUUCGCGCGAACUAGACACGCGAAUGAGGCGGAAUUGCGUCUGCCGCGCCAAACUCCUCAUCCACACCGCGAGACCUCCAGACGCGCGUCGAUGCAUCUUCACAUUGACUUAACAUUGAAAUCACUCGGGUUUGACGCCUCCACCGUGGCUGGUGUAACUGUGGGUUUACACCAAACGCGAAGCGUGCAAUCGCAUCGCGUUGCUUGCUCUAGAUUACUCAUGGGAUUUAACUUUGUGUCAUGCUAACAACUUGGCCGAAGACGCGUUUGAGGCGUAUAGCGCAGUUUUCACGGCAAAAGUGCCGCCCAUAUCGCGUCCUUCGCAUCGCCCCACGCGAGGACGCAUCUGAUCGCAUCUUUGCAUUGACUUUGUAUGUCGUUGAACUCGCAUCUGGUGUAAACCCACAGUAAACGCAGCAUAACAGUCCCUGAAACACCAGCUCAACCGAACAGUGCCAAAGCACCAUACUGUAAAAAACAGCAGCGUAUUACGUCGAUGAUUACAAUGAAAUUCCUUACAUAUGUAAAAGAAAUCACACCAUAAGCAUACAACGCAACACAUGUGACCACAAAACCAGUCGUAAGUCGCACAAGUGGGUGAUUCUCACGAAAACUUGGUUUUAAAAAUGUCAAGCAUGAAAAUGUAAAAAUUGCUUAAAUUUACUUUUUUUCCCACCAGACAUUGAAAAACAAAGUCUGGAGUAAAUGGGAACAUUAAUUUAAAAACUUUUACUUAUCAUUUAACACUUUUUGUAACAUAAUUUAAAAAAUUAGUCCUAAAAAAUCUCAUUACCGCAACAGUCAGAAAACAUCAACACUGACAUAUUUUCAAAAUGACAUGACAAACCUGAAAGAACAUAAUUUGGAGAUUCUGCACAUGCAUUUAAAAUCAAAGUAUUAUGCUUCUAUUAAUUAAAUUAACAUUUAAUAAGCAUCUGUUGCGGUAAUGAUAAUCAAAAUGUCGUGUAAGCAUUCUGACAAGACAAUAUUUCAAAUUAACUGUAAAAAAAUGAUCUUACCUGGUAGCCAUCUUGAAGUAACUGGUCCAUGUGCUUGGUCACUCAAAAUCAAACUUUAUUAAAAUUCUGUAUGUGUGCUUAAACUGUUCUCAAAAAGUGUUGCGGAGGAUGAGAACAUCAGGCAUGGACACAUCAUUUUCCUAAUUUUUCUUCAUUAUUAUUAUACAUGAAUAUUCAGUCAAUAUUUUUUCUGUCAUCUAAAGUAGUCUAGCAAAACAUCCAUUUAUUUUUUUUCUUAAUAUUUUUGUGUUAAUUUGAUUAAAUUACAACAUAACGCAUGUUCAAACACAGCCGGACACAUUGCGGUAAUGAGAAUUUCAGCAGAAAAUGAGAUAAAAUUUCCAAUUAUAAAUUCUUAUGUUGAAAUCACACAUUGUGCAAGGUAGAACACAGUAUUGUGUUAAUUCUGAUGCUUUUUAAUGUUACUAUAUUACACAUUUUAAAGCUAAAAUCAUUAGUGCCGUGGUGUUUCAAUGGUUUAGUGAGAAUCACCCAAGUAUUGCUUGAUUUUUCAGAACAUUUUAACCAAUUGCUUUCAAAAAAGUGGUCCCCAGCGUCCCCAGUGUAAAUGACACCUAUGCGCACCAAACACAUAUUUUGACAUGACGAGCAACACACGACGCUCCGAACACAUAUUUAUAAUUUGCGCCACUCGAAAGAAAAGUCACCGGCCGCCACUGCUUUUAAAUAUACUGUAGCUUUAGUAUUUGUUUUUAACUAAAUAUAUAGCUUUGUGAAAAGAUCAGUAAUUCCUUGCUAUUUAUUACCAAACUUUUUUUUUUAAUGCACAUGACUUUUGUCUUAUGUUCUUCAGCAAAUAUUUAAUGUCUGAUCUCAUGUGUUAUUUUAUUUUUUGAAGUGCAGCUGACAUUUGAAUUGUACUUUAUUAUAACAUGAAAUAAAUGUUUUAAACCUGAAUGAUCUAUAAUUGAUCUUUUUCAUUUUCCUGUAAUGACAUUUCAAACAUGUUGACCUAUAGA